AUGAGAUCACUUGCAGAGACGCAAGCGAGAUGGCAGGCAACUCAAACGCACUGCGCCAGCGUCGACGACUUGCGGAAUGCAGUGCGCCAUAACGGCCCUUCGAGCCCUUGCCUCUCGGGUAACCGUUCUGUCUGCUGGAAGGUCUUUCUUCUAUCCGAAGAUGGAGAUGAUACUGAGUUGAGUUGGUCUCGAUCACUUGGCGAGAAGCGAGAGCUUUAUAGCGAACGCCGUGAUCACUUCCUCAGGUUUAUAAAGCACCCUGAAACCCUGACUGAGCUUACCAUUGAUCCUUUGGCCGAUGACCCUAAAUCUCCCUGGAAUACCGUUCGUGAAGACGAAGCUAUCAGGGCAGAAAUCCUGCAAGACGUACAAAGACUUCCGGAUGAAGCAACUUAUCAUGAAAAUUACAUGCAGCGCAUGAUCCUGGAUAUACUGUUCGUUUACUGCAAGGUAAACCCAGGUAGAGGCGGUUAUCGCCAGGGCAUGCACGAGCUCUUAGCCCCGAUCCUGCAUGUUGUCGAACAAGAUGCUCUUGAUCGCGCAUCGAUAUCUGCCAGUGAUGACGAGAGUGACCUUGACGAGUUGAUGCUUGAGGCCAUUGACUCGUCUUUCAUCGAGCACGACGCCUUCAUUUUAUUCUCCCAAUUAAUGGAGCAGGCUCAAUCCUUUUACGAAGUCAAAGAUGCGCCAACUCCGGCCCAAACAACAGACAGUCCAUUCCAACCUCGGUUUCCCGAACAAAGCUCAGCCAUUGUCGAGCGCAGCAAAUUCAUUCAUGAAGUCUGCCUACAACAGGUUGACCCCGAGUUAGCAGCGCACCUUACAAGCGUCGAGAUACUUCCCCAGAUAUUUUUAAUUCGCUGGAUUCGUCUUCUAUUCAGCAGAGAAUUUCCCUUUAAUCAAUUCCUUGUACUUUGGGAUACGAUUUUUGCCGUCGACCCCUCAUUAGACCUAGUAGAUCUGAUUUGCUGCUCUAUGCUGCUACGCAUCCGUUGGCAAUUAUUAGAAUCUGACUAUUCUGUUUGUCUGCAACUACUUCUAAAGUAUCCACCCCCUGAUCAACAACAUGGACCUCAUACGUUUGUCGACGAUGCACUUUAUCUCCGGGAUCACAUGAAUACACUCGGGGGAGCAACCUUGAUUAAAAAGUAUUCAGGAAAGCUUCCGAAAGUUUCAAAGAGCCCUGAGAUUCCCGAGCCCACCGGCUCACCGUUUGGCGGGUUUGAUUCAAUCCGCAGAAAGGGCUUUGGGGUGAGGUCACCAAUUCGCUCGCCAAAAUUUCUCCAGCAACAAGGUGGAGUAGAAAACAUUUUCCAGGGCAUGCUGGAGAAGAGCGAAAAGUUAGGGAUCAACCGAGCAGUACGGGAUGCCGUCGGUGAACUUAAGCGAAAUAUGCAAGGCCUUAAUGAAGGAUUGCCUUCGCCGUAUCAAAGAGGCUCCUUAGCCGAUGACGUCGCAGCCAAGGCGUUGGCUGCCAUGGAGAAGCGAAAUCAACAACUAGCAAGCCUUCUUGACGAGACGGUUCUUAGUCUUAAGGCUCUAUCUUUGUCUAACCUUGAAGAUAAAGCCAGAAGUUUGGAUCUGAUUGAAGUUGCUGCAGCCAAAGUACAAUUCGUGCAAAUAUACCUGCAGGACGCCUCUUUGACCAUCCCAGCUAUGGACUCCGCUAAUAACGAAGAGCUUCAAGCCGUGGCUGAAAAGAAAGAAGAGAGCAAAGUCAAGAAACUCUCUUCAACGGAAAAAGAGAACCAACCCCUGUCGCCGAGGUCAUCUACUACAAGUGUGUCCACACCAAGUAUAGCAAAAACAACGUCGGUUUUACGCGAGCCAAAGAAAUCUGCAAAAAGCAGCGACUCCGCCUCUGAUAUAAUAAACACUACACAAAAUGACACAAAAUCAGACAACAUAUUGAGCGAAGUCCGUCCCAAGCCUCAACCAAUUGCCUCGAUACCUGCUAGAUCCACUAUAGCACAGUCUUCAUUUUCGUGGAUGCUGGAGCCCGACGAGUCCGGACCGCCACAAACUCCUCUAAGCAGCAAGUCACCGACAACCCAACAAAGAAAACGCAUAAAUAACGCGAGCCGCGAAAAGAAUGCGUUUUUAUUUGGAGAGGGGUCGUCAGAACUAAGCGAACGGGAUCCACUGGGAUCUGGUGAUAUCUUCGGGAUGGAGCCGAUGCACAGCCCGAAGGGGAAGUAA